GAGAAGACACAGCUAUAGAUGUACUUUAGAGUUGAGGUUAGAAGUAGAAGUUACUGUAUUUGACCACAAGUGUGUUAAGAUGUCAGAGGGAGUUUAUGGAAACUCAGAUGGAUUUGAAAACGAUGAGCCUGAUGCAAUGAAGAACACAGACAUUGAUGGCCAAUUAUAUUCCAAUGUAGGAGCCUUCAAACCCAGUCCAAGAGAUGGAGUUGUUGCUUCAGUACAUUUUCAGUGGUGGAAGAGACUCUCUGGAGUUACUGCAGUGUCUCUGGGGCUGGUGUGUGUUCUCCUACUGGCUGGGAUCAUAGGCCUGUCUGUCUACUAUGGAGUCAUUGGUCAUCACGCCUCAACAGAGAGAGGCCAGCUACAGACCAGUUACAACAACCUGACUAAAGCGAGAGACCAGCUACAGACCAGUUACAACACCCUGACUAAAGAGAGAGACCAGCUACAGACCAGUUACAACACCCUGACUAAAGAGAGAGACCAGCUAAAGACCAGUAGUAACACCCUGACUAAAGAGAGAGACCAGCAACAGAAAGAGAUAGAUGAUCUCAUGAGAAAGUUCUCUAAUCUGAAACAAACCUGUCCUGAUGGCUGGCAGAAGUUUGAAUGCAGUUGUUACUACCUCUCUACUGGGGAGAAAACCUGGGAGGAGAGCAGACAGGACUGUCUGGAUAGAAGAGCAGACCUGGUGAUCGUAAACAGUGAUAAGGAACAGGAGUUUCUCUUCAAAUUCAACAAAAGUUUCUGGAUUGGUCUGACUGACUCUGUUACUGAGGGGACUUGGAAAUGGGUGGACGGCACCCCACUGACCACCCCAAGGUAUUGGGGGAGUGGACAGCCUAAUGAUGAUGUAGGGGAGAACUGUGCGUUGUUCUCCCACAGUUCAUCAGACCAAGGAAAAUGGCAUGACUAUCCGUGUUCAACUACCCAUUACGGGAUCUGUGAGAAAUAGUUCUCUCUCACUAUUAGUUAUGAUGUUGAUUGUCACUCUGAAAGUCAUGAUACCAGCUUCAGGACUUCAGAAACUAUUCACAGCCUAGACUUUUUCCACAUUUUGUUGUUUAAACGCUGAAUUUUUAAAUGGAUUAA